AGACGAUAAAAACUGUAAAUAGAAUGGAGUCAGCCAUGAAGCAAACAUCCAAUACCUUGAGAGCCAUCUGACCAUUAUGCAUGAUUUGCUUGGUUGCUCAGACUAAAGGCUGGUAUUUAUGAGAUCCGCAUCUGAGUAACAGUGAUGCUGUCAAUUUUGUUGAUUCCAGAGAGAAUAACUCGUCAUGAAUAUAUAUUCUCAUCUCAUUCAAUAGGGCCAGUGCCAGGUCUUGAUUAUAUCGACCAGGAAGGUCUCUACAACGGCCGACGUCUGUCAUCGACAUCGAAAUCCCAUGAACAUCAAACUAUCACCCCCUGAUAGUAUGCGCUACCUCGGAAUCUAAUAGCCUACUCUAAAUCUAGCACAACAAGCAAUAAACGCCAGGAUCCAGCCAAGAGUAACACACCGGAAUCUCGAGUCGUCAAUCCCCCGCUUGCCGUACAACAAGAACUCCACGAUGCCCAGACCAACGAAGCAGGCUCUCGUCAAGCCACACUCGAUUUCGCUAACACAGAAUCGCACGUACAAGCAGUCACCACAUCCCCUUAAACGCCAACGUCCAAACUAACCAUCUUUCUCUCGUCGUCUUCAGCCUCUGAUAGGUCCCUCAAGCGACGGGCGGAACAAUACCGCACACGCGAAGGCACACAAAGUAUUGAACCACUAGUAAGGUAAGUAACUCACUGAACUCAACUCGACAACCUCAGCUCCUCGGGUGCCGACAUUUUGAAAAAUGAGUUGAUUUGGGGAUGCGGAAGUGUCGGGGCUUGGUAUUUCGUUCUCUAGUGCGGAAUCCGGUUUCAUUUUCUGAUGGUAGCGUCAUUGACUUUACACAGCCCAUGGGGGUGGUGUAUUGGGAGUACAACGGGCGGGUUUUUGUACUUAAUAAGUCUGAGAUCCAUAUUUAAAAAUUCCCUAUUAUCAUGAUGCAUUUGUAAGAAGUCGUGUUUUAUUGUUUUGAAGUUGAAUGACGACAGUGAAGCUUUAAAGUGGUAAUCUUCACUUCCAGGUUCAUCGUCGGUGCUAACACUGCGUUGCGUUGCAAACAAACAUACACAGACAAACAGGGUGCACUGUGUUGUGUUUGUAUAGAGCCAGCGCUUUGUUUCUCACUUGGCACAUGAGCUGGAUUUCAUUUCACGCUUGUUUCAUAGACAUAUCUUUAGAGCAUGCCUCUUGUUCUUGCAUCUUUGUUUCCCAGCAAACGAACCAUAUCGCCGCAAACGAAGCAAGACCCUUGAACGAGCAACUAUUUCUCACUUAGACGUUUUCGCAAAUAAACUUUAAUAUGCCGAAUAUGGCGCUCAACGGCCCGGGUGUCUAUCACCGCACCCGAGAGCACGAGCAAGAAGACGCCUCAAACAUCACCAAGAACAUCCUCGCCCAAUCAUGGAAAUCAUGGCCUAAUGAAGCCGCCUUCGAUCGUCUUGAAGAACAUCGCGGUCCUCUCCGCCUAACUGUCAGAGGUACUUUCCCCUCGUGGGCAGCUGGUUCUCUCUACCGCACAGGUCCCGGCCAAAGUCGCGUUGAAGAUACAGCCCGCGGUACACACUUCACAACACACUGGUUCGACGGCUUCGCACAAACUCAUCGCUUUGACAUCAUUCCUUCUGAAGAUGACGAGACACAAGUGUGGUACUCAUCAAGACGACAGGCUGAUGAGUGGAUUGCUGAUGUGAAGAAGAAGGGAUGGCGGUCGGGAAUGACGUUUGGACAGAAAGCUGAUCCUUGUGUUGGGAUCUUUGCGAAGGUCAUGACUGUUUUUGAACCAAAGUUGGGGAAUCAUAAUGUUGCGCUUUUGGCGAAUGUUCCUGGUGUGCCGGAGGAUGAGAAGACGGAGGUGUCGAAUGGAGUGACAGGACCUCUUGGACAUCGUGUGAACACGAGUAAUCUGUUUGUUUCUACAGACUACACUGGCAUACGUCGCAUCGACCCAUCAACUCUUCAGCCCCUGGGCGAGACCACGCAAUACGAUCUUCACCCUUCUCUCAGCGGUCCCUGUUCCUGCUCUCACGCCCAACGCGACCCCGACUCAGGAGACUUAUUCAACUUCAACCUCGCAUUCGGCCGAGUUCCAACAUAUCGAAUCUUCAGAGUCGACGCUGCUUCAGGCGAAACAGAGGUCCUCGCUACAAUCUCUGAUCUCAAUGUUCCACCGGCGUACAUGCACAGUUUCUUCCUCACAGAAAACCACGUCGUGAUAUGCAUACCAGCAUCGCACUACGCAUGGAGAGGACUGAAGACACAAUGGGAGGGAAAUAUCAUCGAUUCAAUGAAGCCAUUCGAUAAAGAGAGGAAAUGCAAGUGGCUUGUUGUUGAUCGACGACAUGGAAAGGGGCUUGUCGCUACUUUCUCGACACCCGCUGCUUUCUUCUUCCACAGCAUCAAUGCGUUUGAGGAAAAGGUUAAAGAUGAGGAUGGUGCUGAACAGACAGACCUCUUCUUUGAUAUGGCCAAGUAUGAAAACAUGGACAUCAUCAAGGGGUUCUACUACGAUGUUCUUAUGGAUCGCGACGACGCUACAAAGAAAUACUGGUUCAAGAAUGACCGGUACAAGAAUUGCGCACCAACUCUCACAAGAUACCGCUUCAGACUGCCCCCGAAACCAGCACCAGAUACAACAUUCUCCGCUAGUGCAGAAGAAGUCCUCGCCAUCCCAAGCCCGCACGCAGGCGAGCUCCCAACUAUUCACCCGCUUCGCAACGGCAAACCCUAUCGCUACGUCUACAGCGCCUCACUGCGCGGUCUAACAACCUCAGUCGACGCUCUGGUAAAGACAGACUUAGAUACCAGUGAAGCGUUCAUAUGGACGGGACCUGAAGGGCAUACCCCUGGCGAGCCGGUCUUUGUGCCAAGGCCCGGAGCGGUGGAAGAAGAUGAUGGUAUCAUCUUCAGUCUGGUUGUCGAUGGAGUUAAUGAGGCUGCAUAUAUACUGUGCUUGAAUGGCAAGACUAUGGAGGAGAUGGGUAGGGCAGAGGCUGAUUUUGCGAUUGGACAGGGAUUUCAUGGCAUUCAUUUGCCAGCUGCUUAGUCGAGGGUUGUGAAUCGAGCGAUGCAUGCAUAUAGAUAGACAUGGGUUUACCAAGAGCAAACGUUUAAUUUGAUAGACAGAAACUAUUCCCCUAAGCAAAUCAUAGUACGCUGAUGUGAUCAAGAACUGCCUUGGCCUUGAAUCGUGUUGUUCACCUCAAAUCCGUACUUACACCACCCAUACACAGCCCCCAAAUCCUCACCAACGCAAAAUUCGAUACGAAAACCCCCACAGGCACUCAAUUUCCCUCUCCCAAACCCUCGGAACCCAAUAUCUCAAUUCGAUCGAGCUACCCCGCGAAAUGCAACGGUGGCUUUACUUUUUUGGUGGAAAAUGGCCUGAUGCUGACGCGCUACGGAGGAUUUCUUUGAGCAGAACUGGACCUUGCAUGAGUUGCAGCAGGGAUAAGAAGAUCUGUUGUCUACAUUUCUUUCUUGAAUGUGCAUCUGGUGUAGUAUAACGCAGGUAAAGUGUAAAAGAUUGUUAUUAAAUUUGAAUUGGUGUAUAGAGUCGCUUUACGAGAAGAUUGUCCUCGCGCACAUGGUUGGUGGGGUGAUUGAUAAGGAGCUUUGAGGGUGAAUCACGAGAUUUGGACUAGGAUCACUUGCUACCGAUUGGACAGGGUCUCAGGAAUUGGCUUUAUGGAGAGAUCACCUGGAGACGUACAUGGAGUGAAUCAGUCGAAUCGUGGUGAGCGCUCACAGAACUUAUGAUGAUCGUCAGGCUCCAGAAAUGAGGUUGUCUAACCCAAGAAGCGAGGGACCUGGUGACCGAGGCAUGGACCCUGAAAAUUGUGUGAUUGAUAACACAAGCCGCAUCACAACGACAGCUCAUCUCCGCGGAGGCCGCUAUCCAUCACCCCAUCAGAUAACAGCUUAUCAAUCUUCACUGACUCACGAAGAAACAACGAAUUUGUUCUGAGGAAGACAUUUGACAUUUCGCGCUUGUAGCUAUUUGAUACAGUUCAUCUCAUUCUACCGACCCCGCUCCAAUUGUAGGCCCCCCUCUUCCACGCAUCCCCAAUAAGCCCAAUCACAACCAUAGUGAUUUCAGGCAGAAAAUAACAAUAAGAACCCCUGACUCCCAAAUACUGAUCCCAUGAAUGUGCGGAUAAAGAAGGGAAAGACCAGUCAGACGUG